AUGUUGUCAAGACCAAAGCCUGGCGAGUCCGAGGCAGACCUGCUGCACUUCCAAAAUGAGUUCCUGGCAGCCAGAGCUUCACCUGCAGUGAAGAUUGUGAAGAAAGCAGACAAGAGGAAGGGGGAGGAAGGGAGCACAGAUGCUGAGAGACCCCCACUGCAGGACCACAAGGAUGUGGUCAUGUUGGAUGAUUUUCCCGAUACUCUCCCAGCUUUAACUCCAGUUCCUCCAAAGAAGUCCAAGAUCAAAAGUGCAUGUGUCCACUUUGAGGAUGAAGAUCCAGAGGAAAGACUGGAGAGUCAUGAUCAACACAUUACAGCGGUCUUCAGUAAAAUUAUUGAACGAGACACGAGUGCUGUAGCAGUGACCAUGCCAGUGCCCACGGGAGACCCGUUUCCAAGAACGUUUCACCGCUCUGAGAUAGCAAGUGAGGUGAAGGUGGGGUCUGGAAGAAAAAGCAUCUUUGCACAGAAGAUGGCAGCAAGAAGAGCUGCUGAAAAGGCAGCAACCACUCCCUCUGCUGCUGAGUGUGUGCAGAUAAGGUCGACUGCUCCAGAUGCCCUGCAUCCCGAGGGAUCAGCACCUCCCCCUGGCAUCAGGGAUGAUAAAGCUGAUGACUUCUUGACCUCUCAACGGCCUCGUCUCAUAACAGGAGAGGGUCUUGGAAUCCAAAAGAGUGAGCAGGAGGCUCAAGCUAUUCACAAAGAGAACUUGGAUAAACUGCAGUCCAUGUCUGAGGAGGAGAUCCUGCAGGAGCAGGAAAAGCUGCUGGCACAGCUGGAUUCGAGUUUAGUUGCUUUCUUAAAGUCACGACGUGGAGGCAGCGAAGGCCAGAAGAAGGAAUUAAAAAUGGAACAGAACAAACCGGAGGAGUUUGUGGAAUCUCUGCCUGUGGCUCAGCAUGGUGUAGGAUCAUCUCUUUCAAUGCAGGAGCCAGGUCUGGAAGAAUCUGUAGGGAAGGAAGGAAAUAUGAAGGUAGAAAUCACAGAUGAGGAUCUGCCUGUGAAGCCCAAGAAGGAGUGGAUUCACAUGGAUGAUGUGGAGUUUGAGAAACUGGAAUGGAUGAAGGAUUUGCCCUCAGUCCGGCAGAAGAAAACCAAAAAGGGAAUGCAAGCUCGAUUCAGUUUAAAAGGAGAAUUGAUUCCUGCAGAUGCUGAUUUACCAACACAUCUAGGCCUGCAUCACCAUGGAGAAGAGGCAGAGAGGGCUGGUUAUUCCCUCCAAGAGCUCUUUCAUUUGUCUCACAGCCAAGUUAUUCAGCAGAGGACACUGGCUCUACAGGUCUUGGGCCGUAUUGUUCAAAAGGCCAGGGCUGGAGAGUUUGCCUCCUCCUUGAAGGGCAGCAUUUUACGUCUGAUGCUGGAUGCUGGGUUUCUCUUCUUGCUGCGGUUCUCACUGGAUGAUGCAGUGGAAAAUGUCAUGGCAGCAUCUGUUGGUGCUCUCCAGGCUCUGCUGGUGUCACUCGAUGAUGAGAAAUAUCUUGAUUGGACUUUCUCAUGGUACCAAGGGAUGGCUGCAUUCCCCUUUCUCCCCAACAGUGAGGAGGAAGAAGAUGAGGAAGAGGAAGAAUUAAAUGAAAUGGAGAAGUCUCAAGAUAAAAAAUUAAAGGAUGAAAACAAGCCAGAUCCAGAUGUGGCCCGAUAUGAUGUUGUAAAGGGGCUUUUGAAGACACGUAUCCAGCACCGGCUGAGGUACAUCCUGGAGGUGGUACGGCCUGUUCCAACAGUAGUCCUGGAUAUCCUGCACAUCCUCACUCAUAUAGCAAGGCACUCCUCUGAAGCAUGCAGCCAGCUGCUUGACUGUCCUCGAUUGAUUGAGACCAUUGUCAGGGAAUUUCUCCCUACUCAGUGGGAUCCCCAGGUGGCUGAACCAGGGCAUUUACUCACCAGCCUCCAUGGAGUUCCUUGUGCCGCUGCUAUGAAGUUCAUCAGAGUGUUGGCAUCUGGAGGCCGAAAUGCCACAGCCAGGCUGCUUAACAGAUUUGAAAUGAAGAGUCGGUUAAGUCGAUUUAUAGCUGAAGACCCACUGGAUCUCCUUCUGCCAAGGGAAGAAGCCAUCAGGCUAAGCACCGAAGCCUUCCGGUUGUGGGCAGUGGCAGCUGGCUAUGGUCAGGCCUGUGAUCUCUACAGGGAUCUCUACCCUGUGCUGGUGAGGAUACUGCAGUCCCUGCCUGAACUGCUCAGCACUUGUCGUGGGAAGAGCCCUAUGAUUGAGUUAUCUGUCCAGCGAGCGACAGCAGUAGUUACUCUGCUGAUAAAUGUGACGCAAACAGCAGGCUACACGGCAGAGCUGCAGGCUAAGCAGAGCAGUAAUAGCUCAGAAGAUAGUGGACAGAUUCCACCUCCUCCAGUAGCAUGGAAUCAAGUGUCAGGCUUACAACCCUUCCUUGAGGCCAGUCUGAAAAAAUUCCUCCAGGAGAUAUCCCAGACAGAAACUUGGCAAACUCUCCAGCCUCUGACCACAACUUACCUGAUCUACCUGGGAGUUUAUUACAGUGCUUGCAGCCAACAGCCGUCAGUCAAUCCAGUUGACUGCUUAGAGGAACUGGAACGUUUGACAUCUGAGGUGCUGCAGCCUCUUCUCAGCCAGCCAGCCAUGCACAGCAUGUGGGACUUGCUCAGGCCGUGUUCUGCUUUGUGCAACCCCCUGUCCUGUUCCCCAGCACCAGAAUCUGUCUUCAGCAUUGCAUCCCUGAGUUGCACUGGAGGCAAACCUCCUCUGAGCCUGGUUGGCUCCAAGUCCCCUUUCCCUUUCCUCACAGCCCUCCUAUUUCUCAUCAGUGGCAUCACUCACAUUCACAAAGGCCUGACCAGCAAGUACAGCUCUGUGCUGGACUUCAGAGGUUUGAAGGAUUAUCUGCACCAAAGCUGGCAGACCGGACCUCCCUCUGUAACUCCCUCAUCUGCAUGGAUCCUGCGCCAUGAAUAUCACCUGCAGUACUUUGUGUUAGCGCUGGCUCGCAGAAUGGCAGGCACUUGCCCAAAUUAUGCCCAGCACGCCUCACUCCAUCACUGCGUUGCCAUGGCAUUGCUAAGCCGUCUGUUGCCGGGGAGUGAGCAUCUGGCUCACGAGGUCCUACUGGAUCUUGCCUUUAAUCCAGAGUUUCUUCCUGAAGGGAAAGCUGGAGGGCCAGAAGCAGCUGACUUCUCUGAUAUCCUGCAUCUGGGUACCAGUGCCAAACUGGCACAGCCUGGCUCUGCGGCAGCGUUUUCUUCAAAGGCUACUCGUGGUGCUCUGCUGAGAGAGUCGUACCAGAAUCUGCCUUUCAUCCACUCCUGCUACCUUUCUCAUUUUGUCCACUUGCAGCCUACCCUUGCACGUUCCCAAGCAUCCUACCAGGGACAGACUUACCUCAUCCAGUCAAUGCUCCUUCCUGAGGCCAAAGGGCCCAUCCUGCCUUCAGACUGGCCGUUCUUUCCACUUAUCAGCCUCUACAACAAAGUGACUAAUGCAGAGACACAUGGGGCUGUACUGAACUCUCUCCCACUUGAUCUCGUCAACACUGUGACUUGGAACCUGCAGUGGGUCUUGUUGCUGGAAACCUGGCGUGCUAAAACCCUUCGGAGUAUCCCUACUGCUGCCAAACUUGCACGGCUUAUGUGUGUCUUCCUCACAGGCGGUGACCUCUUUCUUGAAGCACCGAUCCACCGCUACACAGCUGCCCUUCUCUCUGUGUAUUGCCAACCCAAGGCAUUGGAGUCUCUGAACUUGGAUGCUCCUCUCCCUGGUUUGGCAUCCUUUCACGAUCUCUAUAUAAAUCUUCUGGAGCAGUUUGAAGGUGUCUCCUUUGGAGAUCCACUCUUUGGAGUCUUUGUUCUUCUACCUCUACAGAAGCGUUUCAGCGUUCAUCUGCGUCUCUCUGUUUUCGGGGAGCACACAAGUAUCCUGCGGGCACUGGGAGUGCCACUCCAGCAGUUUCCUGUGCCUCUUGAGCGAUACACUUCCCCUCCUGAGGAUAACCUGAACCUCCUGCGACUCUACUUCCAAACACUGGUCACUGGUGCCCUGCGUCACACUUGGUGCCCUGUUCUUUAUGUGGUGGCUGUGGCUCAUGUGAACAGCUUUAUUUUCUCCCAAGACAGCACGACGAAGGUAG